CAACUGGUGUACGCUGUUUUCUAGUGUGCUCACCAAUCGUCGUAUAUAGCUGGGGUUUUAUUAAACGAAGCACACGAUGGUCUUAUCUAAAGUGUCCUAUCAGUGGACCAGCGUUCGUCUGGUAGACAUUUGAUUCAGCAUUGGUUGUAGAAGUAUUUUCAAAGUCAUUCUUUAAUCGAAUCAAUGUCGCCGUCCCCUGACUCUUCUUCGAGGAUGACUGUUCACGCGACCACCCUGAAACUGAAGAGGAAAUGCGGCCGGCCGAGGAAUCCCAUCCCUAGACACAAACGAGAGUCGCACAUCAGCGCCGAGUACCGAAGACGAGACAAAAUACAGAAUGGAUUCCAAAUACUGAAAAAUAUAGUUCCGCAAAAUGGAGAAGCCCAUGUUAUACGAGACAGCAAGGCGGAGAUUCUGUUUAAAGCGGUUGAUCAUAGCAAAAGGCUCCAAGCUGAAUACAAGGAACAAAAGAUGAUGAUUAGUGAACUGCAGGCAGAAAUGAAGAGUUUAAAACUGGAAAUAGAGUCACAGAAGAACCUCGCCCCAGAUGAGAGUGUUUCAGAGAAGAAACAAGCAACAAUGGAGGAACGUUUACAAGAAUACAUUCAAGAGCGUACAAAGAAAAAUUGGAGGUUUAAGAUUUUCAGUUUUUUCAUCCGACCGUUGUUCGAGUCUUACAACAGCUGCGUGUCGCAGGCUUCUCUUCAGAGUUUUAUAUCGUCCGUCGUGGACUGGGCGUCCAGGAAACUCACACUCACAGCACUGAGAAAUGUGGUAUUUGGCUGUCUUCUAUCGACGUGUAACGAAUCCUCCAUGAUGGGCUACUCGUCCACUGUACCCGAAGAAGCCUUCAUCCAGACAAGCUCUACUCUGGACAUUCUCUACCCUGGAGACACCUCAACCAUGUCGAACACUCCGACUGAUGACUUCAGAAUCGAUCUGGACCAAGACAAGGACUCAACGCUUAUACCUGACGCAAAUCAGGACUCGACACCUAUACCUGACGCAAAUCAGGACCUGACUCUCAGUUGUGUGGUUCCAGAAGAGCCGCUGUUUGGUUCCUUGGCUGGAAUAGAUGGUUUGUUAGAAUCUGACGACACUAAGGACAUGUCCUUAAACAGUCUUGAGUUCAAGGACUUGGCGUUUGGUUCACUUCUCAGCGAGGAUUUCACACUCGGGUCGUCCUCCUGCAUGGAUCUCAGUGACUUGUCGCUCAGUCCUCUGGUGGACAAAGACUUUAACCUCGGCACCUUCGUACUCGGUGAACCCAUAUACACACCUCUUUAACAAAGAACAAGCAAAUACAUUCUCUUUGACUUAAGAAUUGUUAGACAUAAAUUCACCCUCUCACGAAUGCUCAAACACUCGCACACAUCCUCAUUUGAAGCGUUGUCACACAAACACACACAGAUACAGAGAGAGAGAGAGAGAGAGAGAGAGAGAGAGAGAGAGAGAGAGAGAGAGAGAGAGAGAGAGAGAGAGAGAGAGAGAGAGAGAGAGAGAGAGAGAGAGAGAGAGCGGGGGGGGGGGACGACAGACAGAAAUUGGUUUUCUAAUACGUCUAACGAGUGUUGUAAAUGUUAGAACGCUGGACGCUUGUAUACAUACACCCUAUUGUGGCAUGGACACAUAUACACACACACACACAUCGCACCUACACACACUAAAGAAUGAUCACACACUCGCACAAAUACAGUUUUUGAGACACCACUUACACAAAAACCUCUUAUACCUCAACACAAGGUGGUCUGAGAAAACAUGUCGGUUACUCACCGUUUGAGUCGAAAGUCCGCCAAUAAUCGGCAAACGCAUAAAUGCUUGUUAUUAAAUUUUAAAGCUACCCCAACUCCCAACAUGCAGUACACAGAGGCUAAAAACAGAACUGUGUUCAAUUGGUUUGACUUUGCUGUCCUACCAUUCAUCCUGCAUCACAAAGGAGAUUUAACCUCGAUACAAGCUGACAAUAACUUGUUGAGAAAUGUAAAUAAUAAAUCAAUUAAUAAAACAAAAAACACACCUUUAGGUGCGUUGGUGUGGCUUUAAACCUUAAUAUGGUUUUAUAAAUAGUUUUUACAUUAUUCAUCAUAGAACUUCAUACCAAUUCUUCAUUUCAUUUUGAUGCAAAUGUUCUGUAAUGAGUUCUAAUGAUGACAAUAAAUAGGAAUAUUUAAGAGACAGUAUUAUCCUAGCACAGGACGCACAAUCAUAGGAACAUCAGUGAAGCUUAUUGGCAACUCACCUCGUCACUGCAAGUUUACUGUGUUGUACAUACAUAUACAUAAGUAUUAUAUUUAGAGUUUUAUGUAUUUCAAGAGCUUACAAUAUAUUAAUAAAUGCUGUUUAAUA